AUGUUCUCCGCCUUUCACGAUUUCGAGUACAGGCCCGGCAGCCUGCAGCGGUGGAUCCAGGCCGCCGGCGCGCCGGACCUGAAGCUGCCCGAUGUGGCGCGCAAGGCCAUGCCCUUCAUGCUAGCAUGCACGGUGCUGGAGUUCUUCGUGUCCCUGCUGCUGCACAAGAAAGUCUACUACCGGCGGCAGACGUGGAGCAACAUCGCCGGGGGGGCCAUAGGGUUCGUUCUGUCGGGGCUGUUCCUUCGCGGCUUGAAUGUCUUCCCGUACCUGGUCAUAUACCGCUUCAUUGGUCUGAAGCUGGUCGGCCCAGUCACUUCCAACAACAUCUGGGUGAACAUCGCCGCCUUCCUGGGGUUUGAUUUCACGCACUACUGGGCCCACAGGGCCGGGCAUGUGAUGAACAUUGGAUGGGCCGGGCACGGUGUGCACCACAAUUCUCCAGACUUGAACUUCACCACUGCGUUCCGACAGGGCAUCACGGAGCCAUUCAUUGCAUGUUGGUUCUACCUCCCGGUGGCGCUCGUCUCUCCCCCUGAUGUCUUCUUUUGGCACAGGAGUGUCAACCUGGUGUUCCAGUUCUUCCUGCACACACAGGUCAUUGGCAAGCUGGGGCCCCUGGAGUGGAUCUUUAACACCCCCUCGCACCACCGUGUGCACCAUGCCAGAAACUACGGCAGAGUCAACUAUGCAGGUGUCCUGAUCAUCUGGGACAGGAUGUUUGGCACUUUUGAGGAGGAACGUGAUGAUAAGCCAUGCCUGUACGGCAUCGAUGAGCGCCAGGUCCCUCUGGGCACCCACAACCCUCUUUGGCAGCAACUCUUCCACUGGGUGCCAACCAUCAAGCUGUUCCUGAAGACGCACAACCCCAUGGUCCUCAUUACAAGGGCAACUGGGGAGGGAAUGAUUGCACCUCACGUUUCUGAUGCUCUGACAAGGAAGGACGGAAAAGAAUAUCAGAAGGUAAACAAUCAAGUCUUCAAGCUCCCAAAGGACGGCAUUCCCUGCGACUCAAGCCCGGUGUCUCUGUUGGACGUCUACGUCUGCAUCCAGUCUCUUGCGCUCGCUGGUCCGGCGACGCUCGCCAUCAUGCGCAUGUGCGGCGGCUGGAAUCCGGCAGACACAGUGGUCGCAGUCCUCCACACUGGGGGUGCAUUCACAACAUGUGGUAUGUUCCUGGAUGGGACAAAAAUUGGGCGCAACUACGAAAUGGCGAGGCUGGUACUCUUGGCGGCCACAGCGUGGUUUUACCUGGCAGCGCCCUACGUUUACUGGGUCCAGGCGUACAGCGUGGUCUCCAUCGCUGUGUGCGGUUAUGUCCACAAGCUCGCAGGCCUGAAAGAGACAAAGGCGAAGGAGGCCUAG